AGAACUUCUCCAUGAAAGACUUAGGGGAUGCUAGUUAUGUCCUUGGCAUAAGAAUCCACCGAGAUAGAUCAAGAAAGUUAAUAGGUCUGAAUCAAAGUACAUAUAUAAAUAAAACCCUUGAUCGAUUUAGCAUGUCUAACUCAAAGAAAGGAUCUUUACCUAUGACACCUGGCACGGUUCUUUCCAAGAGCCAGAGUCCUUCUACUCCCGAGCAGAAGGAACUCAUGAUGAAGGUUCCAUACGCUUCUGCGAUUGGAUCCAUCAUGUACGCCAUGAUAUGUACUAGACCUGAUGUCUCAUUCGCUUUAAGCGUG